AUGCACGCAGGGUGUUACAUCGAGUUACCGUGGGAAAUUAUGUUAAAGAGAGCGGUAAUUAACAUGCAGUCAAUGGACAAUGCGUGUUUCGCAUGGUCAGUGGUCGCGACCUUGCAUCUGGUCGAAAGGCAUACAAAUCGGGAAUCAUCGUAUCCACAUUAUACGACAGUGUUAAAUCUCCAAGACAUUACGUUUCCGAUGACGUUGAAUCAAAUUAAAAAGUUCGAACAUCUCAACGAAAUCUCUAUCAACGUCUACGAUAUCAAGGAAAAAAAGAUUCUCCCAAUACAUCUGACAACAAAGAAGAUGGAGAAACAUGCAAAUUUGUUGUACGUGCAAGAUCCGCGCGACGAUAAUGGGCACUUCGCGUACAUCAAAAACUUAUCCCGUCUUGUGAGCUCGCAACUGAGUAAAAAAGAACACAAGAAAUACUUUUGUGAUCGAUGUUUACAUUAUUCUAAUUCAUCCGAGAAAUUGGAAUCGCAUACGGUGGAUUGUGAACGGAUGAACGAUUGCGCCAUCCGACUGCCGAAUGAGGACGACAAGUGGCUCGACUUCAAGAACUACUUCAACAAAGAAUGA